AUGUUACCGCUGAGCAGACUUUUCGGUAUCACGAGUGUGCAAGUUUACGUCUACUUUCACCGAAAUCCUCGCGAUAGUGACCUGAUGAGACGAACGAUAUUCUUCCUAUGGGUUGUUGACGGUCUUCAUCUCGCGUUUACCUCACAUAGCGUGUACUACUAUUCCGUAACAAAUUUCAUGAAUCCGCUUGCCUUGACACAGUGUCCAUGGAGCUUUGCAGUGGAUGUUGUCUUCGGAGACCUCAGUGAGGUGAUAGUGACUGCAAUCUUUGCAUACAGGAUAUACAAGUUCAGUGGAAAGCUUUGGGCGUUUAUAUUUAUUAUGCCACCCGCUCUUGUCGGCUUCGCUGGUGCUUUAGCCAUCGGCAUAUUUGCUCGCGAAGUCCCUGAUUAUACCGAGUUUAACCGCCGAUAUGCCUGGAUUUGGUAUGCUACAUUUAGCAUUCAGGCCUUCACAGAUUGCGCCAUCGCGGCUGCGCUCUGCACGAUGCUUAUCAGGCGUCGCACGGGCUUCAAGCGGACCGACUCGCUCAUUCGUACGCUCAUCCUCUACAGCAUAAACACAUGCGCAUUAACAAGUUCCGUGGCCAUUGCCUCUGUCAUCACAUACGCCGCCAUGCCGCACAAUUUUGUCUUCAUCGCCUUUGCCAUGGUUCUGCCGAAACUGAUGCUCAACUCUCUGCUUGCACUGCUUAAUUCGCGCGACAUGCACGCUGGUCAGGCCAUCUCUGUCCAUCUCUCGAAGCUCGCGAGCAUCCUCGGGCGUUCGGGCACAUCGGACGGCUCGCAGGCCGUCUGCAGCAUGCCGGACGGGGUCGCCAAGGACCAGGACGUUGAGAUCCCUGGGCGCGUCGUCGAUGCCUCGUUCGAUUCGGAGUCGCAGGCCUCGCGAAGCGCUCUCAUCUGA